AUGGGCCACGAGCGCAUCUCGGGCCAGUGGGUGUACUUUGCCGAGUUCCAGUCCAACCUCGACGCCAUCAAGAAGCUCGUCCAGGCCGAGUCCUUCCCCAAGAACGAGGCCGCCGCUGCCGCCUCCUCCCAGGCUACCAACAUCGCCCAGGUGUGCGGCGUCCAGGCCCGCGUCGAGAGGGGCCGCGUCGUCACCAUUGAGUUCGAGGGUUCCGCCCCUGCCGAUAUCGAGUCCUUCCGCGACAUCCUCCACGACCGCAUGACCGAGUCUAUUACCGAGACCCUGCCCGAGCCCGUCUCCCUGUUUGCCGAGGGUGCGCGGGGACCGCUCGUCGUCGUGGAUAUCUUUGCCGACGCGAGGGGUCCGCUGCCUGCUCUGCAGGACUAUAAUAAGAAGAUGGGUCUGGGGUUGGAUCAGCCCAACAUGGAGUAUCUCGUGGAUCGGUACAAGGCGUUGGGAAGGUCUCCUAACGACGUCGAGCUCUUCAUGUUUGCCCAAGUCAACUCGGAGCACUGCCGCCACCACGUUUUCAACGCCACCUGGACCAUUGACGGCGAGGCCAAGGACCACAGCCUCUUCGGCAUGAUCAAAAACACCCACAAGACCACCCCCGACUUUGUCAUUAGCGCCUACUCGGAUAACGCCGCCGUCAUGGACGGCGACGAAGGCCACCACUGGGCCCCCGACUACUCCACCGGCUCCUGGAAACUCACCAAGGAAGUCGUCCAGCCCCUCAUCAAGAUCCGAGACGAGGGCGCCGUCGGCCGCGGCUCCACGCCCAAGGCGGGUCUUUGCGGCUUCUGGGUCUCGGACAUGCUCAUCCCCGGCAAGACGCAGCCCUGGGAGGUCGAUAUCGGCAAGCCGGCGCACUACGCGUCGAGCUUGGAUAUCAUGAUUGAGGCGCCCAUCGGUUCGGCUAGGUUCAACAACGAGUUUGGACGGCCUGCGCUCACGGGUACGUUUAGGACCUUGUUGACCAACGAUACCGAGACGGAGGCUUCCGAGUAUAGGGGUUACCACAAGCCCAUCAUGAUUGCCGGAGGUGUCGGUAGCGUCCGACCCCAGCACGCCCUCAAGGACCCCUCGUACGUCCACGACGGCGCCCACGUCAUCGUGCUCGGCGGCCCCGCCAUGCUCAUCGGCCUCGGCGGCGGCGCGGCCUCGUCCAACACGGGCACCGAAGCCACCGCCGACCUCGACUUCGACAGCGUGCAGCGCGGCAACCCCGAGAUGGAGCGCCGCGCCCAGAUGGUGAUCAACACCUGCGUCGCCCUCGGCCAGGAGAGCCCCAUCGCCUUCAUCCACGACGUCGGCGCCGGCGGCCUGUCCAACGCCCUGCCCGAGCUCGUCAAGGACGCGGGCUUCGGCGGCAAGUUUGAGCUGCGGCAGGUCGAGAGCGCGGAUAAUUCCAUGUCUCCGCUUCAGAUCUGGUGUAAUGAGGCCCAGGAGCGCUAUGUUCUCCUCGUGAACAGGGAUGGUCUUAACCGCUUUACUAGCAUCUGCCGGAGGGAGCGUUGCGGAUUCUCUGUUGUGGGUACCGCUGUCGGCAAGGAUGCCAACGGGGAUGCUACCCUCGUCCUCACCGACCGCGAGCCUACCCUCCAGCCCGCCAUCGACCCCAUUAACUUGCCUAUGGAUGUUCUCUUCCCCGGCAGGCGCAUCUCCAAGAACGUUCAGACUGCCAAGAAGGCCCUCAAGCCCUUCAAUGCCGCUACGAGCCUCCGCGAAAAGUUUGGCGCCUCCACCCUCAAGGAGCAGGUCGUCAAGGCCACCGAGCUCGUGUUCCAGCUGCCUUCUGUCGGCUCCAAGUCCUUCCUCAUCACUAUCGACCCCGUGGCGGAUGUUGCCGUCACGCUUAACAGCUUUAGUCUUGAGGCCAAGGCGCACUCUGGCGAGGCCAUGGCGAUGGGUGAAAAGCCUACUCUUGCGCUCAUCUCCGCCGCCGCCUCUGCGCGCAUGGCCGUCGCCGAGUCCCUCAUGAACCUAGGCGCCGCCGACAUCAAAGCCGGCUCCAUCAACGGCGACCUGAAGCGCGUCAAGCUCUCGGCCAACUGGAUGGCGGCCGUCAACCACGCGGGCGAGGGCGCCGAGCUCUACGAGGCCGUGCACGCCAUCGGCAUGGAGCUGUGCCCCAAGCUCGGCAUCUCGAUCCCCGUGGGCAAGGACUCGACCUCGAUGAAGGCCUCGUGGAAGGACCGCGAGUCGGGCGAGGCCAAGAGCGUGACCGCGCCCGUCUCGCUCGUCAUCUCGGCCUUUAGCUUGGUCGAGGACGUGCGCAAGACGUGGACCCCGCAGCUGCGCCGUGUGGAGGAGGUGGGCGAGAGCGUGCUCAUCUUCGUCGACCUCGCCCUCGGCAAGAAGGCCAUGGGCGGCUCGGCGCUGGCGCAGACUCUCGGCCAGGUGGGCGACGAGGCGCCCGACGUGCGUGACGUGGAGCUGAUGCGUGAUUUCUUCGAUGCCGUGUGGCAGCUGCACCAGGAUGGUGUGGUGCUGGCCUACCACGACCGCUCGGAUGGCGGUCUCCUGACCACGGUGGCGGAGAUGAUGUUUGCGGGCCGGUGCGGUGCCGAGCUCGAUGUGUCGGACCUCGCUGCCUCCGAGGCCGAUGUCCUCGAUGCCCUGUUCAACGAGGAGCUCGGUGCCGUCUUCCAGGUGCGCAAGGCCGACGAGGGCCGCUUCAUCAAGGCCUUUGCCACGUGCGGCCCGCCGGCCGGUCUCGUCAAGACGGUCGGUUUCGUGCGCGCGGCGUCGAGCCAGUCCCUCGUCGUCAACACCUCGUACGAGAUGCAGAAGUUGAGGGAUAACCCCGCUUGCGCGCAGGCUGAGUUUGAUGCGGUGCGGGAUGAUAGGGAUCCUGGGAUGGAUUAUAAGUUGACGUUUGAUCCGGCGGAUGUGAGCCUUCCGGCUAUGAUUACCCUCAAGGGCUUGGUUUCGAGGCCAAGGGUUGCCAUUCUCCGAGAACAGGGUGUCAACGGCCACGCCGAAAUGGCCUUUGCUUUCCGCGCUGCCGGCUUCGACGCCGUGGACGUGCACAUGUCGGACAUUCUCAACGGACUCACGCUUGACGGUUUCCGCGGUCUGGCGGCGUGCGGUGGGUUCUCGUACGGUGACGUCUUGGGCGCGGGUAUCGGCUGGGCGCAAUCGGUGCUCAUGCACGACGGGGCGCGCAGGAUCUUUGAGGCCUUCUUCAACAGGCGGGAUACCUUUACGUUGGGCGUGUGUAAUGGCUGUCAGAUGAUUGCGAGGUUGAAGGAGCUGAUUCCCGGUGCGGAGAACUGGCCCAACUUUGUCGAAAACACCAGCUCGCAGUUCGAGGGCCGCGUCUCCAUGGUCAAGCUCCAAGACACGCCCGAUUCCGUCUUCUUCUCCGACAUGUCGGGCUCCUCGUUCCCCAUCGUGGUCUCGCACGGCGAAGGCCGCGCCGAGUUCGCGUCCGAGGCGGACCUGCGCGCCGUCGUGGACGGCGGUCUCGCGCCCAUGCGCUACGUGGACAACCACCGUGGCGAGGCGACGGAGCAGUACCCGGCCAACCCCAACGGCUCGCCGGCGGGCGUGGCGGGCGUGCGCAGCAAGGACGGCAGGGUGGUGGCCAUGAUGCCGCACCCGGAGAGGACGAUCAUGGGCCCUGUAGGCUCGUGGAUCAAGGAUGGGCUGAGGGAGAACCAGUAUGGACCUUGGUUUAGGAUGUUUUUGAACGCGAGGAAGUGGGUUGGUUAA